AUGGAUAGAAAUGGAGAAUCAAUUUUCACUUGUAAUUUUUGGAGAGAAAUCAAUGAGUAAUUUUUCUUGGUUCACUCUCUUAUUAACACCUCUGACAUUAGUCACUUCAAAAAGAAAUUUUCUUAUUAUGUAAACUUAAAUUGUCAUAAAUUAUUAGAUAAAAUUCUGAAACAGAACAACAGAUCUAAAUUAUCUUAAUACAAUUUCAUCAACCUAAAAUAAAGACUUUCAUUACUUUUACAACAAAGAAAACAUCAUUAAGAACCCAUUUAAAAUUUAAUUGAUGAAAUGAUAGACCAAAUUUGUUAUGAUCAGCUUAUUGAAGGACUAUAGCAGACUGAAGAUCUCAUUAAAAAUAUGUCCUAAAAAUCAGAAUAACAACAAUAACUAAUUUAUCAAUAAGAAAAUUAAAUCUUGACUAAUCUACAUCACGUGAUAGAUUCAAAGGAUGAAUUAAGCAAACAAAUAUAAUAACUAGAAUAUUAACUUGAACAACUUGAUAAUUCUAAUUCCCUGCAACAACUUGAAUAACAUGUCCAAGAAAUCAAUAAUAAUCUGCUCUACACUUAUUCUUCCCAGAUCGUUAAAAACCAUUCAAUUAAAUUAACAAGAUCCAGAGUUAGAAAUCAUCAAGAAGAACUAAAAAUAUUGAAGGAUUUAAUUAUUUUACAUGAAGAUUAUCAAGUUGCUGAAAGCAUUGGUAAGGCUAUCUUUAAUGAAAAAAACAACACAAUUACUGUGAUCUUUGAUAAAUAUUUGAGUCAAAUUUAAAUUGAUCUGAACUUGGAGCAUUUUGCAAAUCUUCAAAGAUUAAGAGAAGUGCCUUAUGAAUUUCCUGAAUAAAUACCUGGACUCAGAUCUGAUGAUGUAUUCGAGAUGCAAAUGUGUCACUUUUGUAAAUUGAUGGUUGAUGUUAAAAAUCUGAAACAGUGUUCAUAUAAUCAUUUUUAGAUGGGGUUACAUGAAUACAAUGAAGAUUUGCUAACGUGUUAGAGAUAUUAAAUAAAUGCAAAGUCUCAAUAAUAAUAUAUUUUAGAUCUUUAUUCUACAAAUUACAUUAUUGAAAAUUAAUAGAUUCAUUGUAAAAGAUACUUUUGUUUAAAAUGUUUAAAGCAUGAAUUUGAUUCAUAUGAAAUUACUCAAUUUCUAUGGAUAUGUCCAUUGUGCAAAGGAUUAUGUACUUGUAUCAGAUGUUCAAGAAAUGAAAUUAUUUAUAAAUUAAAGAGACAAUAUUUGGAAUUGAACGGAGAUUUAGAAGAUAUCUAUCAAUCAUCAUAUUUUGAAAUGCUUGUGAAGGAAAAACGAAACUUAAUUAAAAAUAUUCCUAUUGAAUUUAAUAUGUUUAAAAGCAACCUUGAAAACAAUGAGGACACUGUCAUUCCAAAAAGUAAUCUUAAACACAAAAAAUCAAUCACUAAAAAUAUGAUUAAGAGGAAGAUCAAAAAAAAUGAUACCUCACUAACAUCAAAAUCACAUAAACUUACACAUAUUGAAAGUUCAUCUUCAUCAGUAAAAAUUAAGAAGUCAAAAGAAAUCAAAAGGAGAUCAUUGUAUUUUAAUAGCAAUCAUAAUGAUCAUUCUAAUUAAUAAAUCUUUAUCUAAUGA